GAUAUGACGGCCAAAAAUGGCCGAAGAACCAACCGCGGCACUUUUAUUCGUUAAGGAUUUGGCGCUUUUCUACCUCCAACACUAACCACUAAAUCAUCACCUCAAUCCCUCUCUUCUUCUUCUUCUUCUUCUUCUUCUUCAUUCGCCCCUUGGUGUCAUACUCUUUGUUCCAGUAAUCCAGAGCUAGCGACGAUGGCGAUGAAGAUGGCCGCCAUCAGAGCUUCCGCCAUUCCCAGACAUCACCCUCCUCCUUCCCCAUCACUUCAUUCUUCCUCUCACAGAUCCGAUUCCAAAUCCCAAUUCCGUCCCAUUUCCGUCGCCUUACCGGCCUCCACUACCCUCUCUCUGUUAGCCCUUUUUUCUCCUCAGCACGAAGCUAGGGCUCUCAGCAAAGACCAAAUCAUCUCGUCUCUCGACAAUGUGGAGAAGACGUUUGAUCAGGUUCAAGAAAUGGGUUCGAAUUUCUUUGAUAUUGCACAACAGGUCAUUGACUCUGCUACAAAUAUUUUGAAGCCAGGCGUCGAUGCGGCGCUGCCGAUCGUGAAGCAGGCUGGAGAAGAGGCGUUGAAGGUUGCUUCUCCCACAAUUUCCGAAGCUUCGAAGAAAGCCCUAGAAGCACUUGAGGGCUCUGGCAUUGACACCGAACCUGUUCUAAGUGUUGCUAAGACAGUUGUAGGUGCCGCUCAACAAACCGGUAAGGUCAUUGAAGGUGCCACGCCUUUAGCCUCAUCGACUGUCGAGAAGUUCUCUGCAGCCGACCCUCUCCUAAUUGCAGAAGUUGCCGGAGUCUUAGCCUUGGCAUACCUGCUUUUUCCUCCAAUAUGGUCUGCCAUCUCUUUCAACUUUCGUGGUUACAAAGGUGAACUCUCUCCUGCUCAAACACUUGAUCUAAUUUCGUCCAGUAAUUACUUUCUAAUCGAUAUACGAUCCGAGAAGGAGAAGGACAAGUCUGGCAUUCCUCGCCUUCCUUCUAGUGUUAAGAACCAGUCAAUUGCCAUUCCUUUGGAAGAAUUACCAAGCAAGUUGCGGGGCAUUGUCCGAAAUGUAAAGAAACUAGAAGCUGAACUUUCAGCCAUCAAAAUUUCGUAUCUCAAGAAACUCAACAAAGGCUCCAAUAUAGUGAUCCUGGGAUCAUACUCAGACUCAGCAAAAGCGGUUGCAAAAGCACUCACUGCCCUUGGCUUCAAGAACUCCUGGAUUGUAACCGAUGGGUUUUUAGGUAGCAAAGGUUGGUUAAAGAGCCAGUUAGGAACAGAUACAUAUAAGUUUUCAUUGGCAGAGAUCCUUUCGCCAUCCCGAGUCAUCCCAGCCGGUACCAAACGUUUCGGGACGACCUCACUGACAUCGGCAUCUAGUAAAAAGUUGCUUCCUGGUGCCGAUUAAAAUUUCAUCCAGUGUCCUGCUGGCCGUCCACAGGUUCCCUUCCCACGCUCCAUAGGAUCUGUAAAUUAGUAAUCCUGGACUUGCUUUUGUCUUCAUAUUUGGCCCCAGUUACUGCUUGCAGUAUUGUAUAAUGGUGAAAAGGUAGAAAUAGCAUCAUCUUAAUAUCCAUUAA